CUUUCUCUCUCACACACACAUCACAGCAGUCAGAGUAAGUCGUUCCUCACUAAGUAGGUUACUUCCUCCCUGGUUGGCGUGCAUCGCUGGGGCUUAAUGAAGCAAACCUUAGCCAUGAGCGCGUAAUGGACGGAGGAGGGGGGUAAACUCGCAUCCAAUCUGAUGCCUCAGGAUGGGGGUUACAUUGCAUGCUUCUUUUCCCGUCAGCUCUCCAUCCGUGGCGCGUCUCAGUCUCUGAACGCACGGCUCCGGACACCAGCGACUGCUGACGCCCCCACAUACACACACCGAUGCGCUCUCUCAUCCCCAGUUUACAGAUGCAUCGUUGGCGAUUGAACUGAUCGAAGGAGCACAUCUGUUGAAAGCGCUGAUGAGUAAACGUCUUUCGGUUGCCACUGUUUGUGAUUAAUGGAACAUCAAAAGCUCAGUGUGAUACAUUCCCGAGGAUACGAGUCUGCCAGGGACACAUAAACAUCAUUAAUGAAGAGGAAGCAGAUUGAAGAGAGACGGAACGAGGCGUGAAGGAUGUAGAGCUGGAGGUGGGGGCAGGAUGGAGUGUUCCUGGAAGACGGUGUUGCUGCUGGUGUGUGCUUCUCUUGGGGUCCAGUACACGGCUAUCCAAACCCUGAGGGACUCUCUGUCUGGACCCUGUCAGAGAGCCUACCGCUGCAGGAGCAGGUACCACAGAGAUUACAGAUGGGCUGCCUUGUGCGAUGAAAGCUGGAUACCCAUCGAGUUACCUCAGAAACAUAUAUUGCUUUUUACAACCACACGCAGUGGCUCCUCUUUCACCGGACAACUCCUCAACCAGCAUCCUGGGGUCUUCUAUGUGUUCGAGCCCCUCUACCAUGUCCAGCAAGCCUUCACCAACUCCAGCAGUAGGCUCCGCCGAACUUUAGAUCGCAGAGCUUUGCUGGGAGCAUAUAGGGAUCUCCUCUUAAACCUGUACACCUGCGAUCUUCACUUUAUGGAGAAUUAUAUCCGCCCUGAGCCCCAGGAACAUAUCACAAGCUCAUUUUUCCGAAGGAGCUCAAGCCAUGCCCUCUGUUCUCCACCAGUUUGUUUGGAAGGGGGGACUGCUGCGAUAUCUGAUUUACCUGAUGAAAUCUGGUGUCCUAAAAAAUGUGGAGCUCUGAACCUUACUUUAGCAUCCAUGUCAUGUAAUUCAAAAGGACAUAUAGCCAUAAAAACCGUUCGGAUUCCAGAGGUGGGAGACCUGCGUACUCUCACUGAAGAUCCGCGCCUGGACCUGAAGAUCAUCCACCUGGUGAGAGACCCUAGAGCCAUCCUGGCCUCACGCAUCACUGCAUUCUCUGACCAGUUUCGUGCUUGGAAAAUAUGGAAUGCCACUGGACGCCAGCCCCGAUACGUGGACCUUUCACAGAUCACCAGCACCUGUAAGGACAUGGUUGCCUCUGCAAGAACAGGGCUGCAGAGACCAGCAUGGCUGCGAGGACGCUACAUGCUGGUGCGGUACGAGGACUUGGCUCUUAACCCAAAUGUCAGGGCCACUGAGAUUUACAGCUUUCUGGGGCUAGAGAUGGAAGAAAGGGUGAGGAUGUGGAUUGUGAAAAACACCAAGAGCAAUGUGUCUGCUCCUUCUGAGUGGAAUUACAAAUACUCCACCACGAGAGAUUCUAGAGCGACAGCAGAAAGCUGGAGGCUCCGUCUCAGCUUUGACAUUGUAAGAACAAUUCAGGAUCUUUGCAGCGAGACUUUGGCUUUGCUUGGAUACAAGCAGGUUCAUUCUGCUGCAGAACUCAGAAACAUGUCACAAAGCUUAGUGCAGCAGAGAACAUUUCAGUCUGUCACGUGAUAAGGCAAAUAAUCUGCUUAUUUAUAAAUGUAUAUUUGAUCAGAUAUCAAUCUCUCAAGAUGCUGAUAAAAAGAAUGUAAGUUGUGAAUCUGGCCAAUACCGAAAUUCCUUUGUUCGAUUCUUGUUGGUUUGUUUUUUAUUUUAAAAGUGACAAUUCUGUAAAUGUUGGAUACUACUAUUUCUGCUGCAUACCCACACAGAUAUUACCUGGGGUUUCGAUCAAGGAUUAUUUUUUAGAUAAAUGGCAUUUGUCCAGCUGCAACCCUGGGAACAGUGGAUUUGGUUUUACUUUGCCAAUUUUUAGGAAAGAAAAUGCUGCCUAUUCUUUUUUAUUUGAUUAGCUUUCAUAUCUCCAUUUAGCCCAUGCUCAUUAUUCUGCUGAUUCAAAAAGCCAUUUUUUUUCUUAUUCCAAUUGUUGAACUCCAAAUUAAUUGGUACCUUUAUAAAUUUUAGAUUUAGGGUAAUCUUUCAGACUGACAGUGAUGUUAAGAUUUUUUGUGCCUUAGGCAGAGUCCGACAUAUACCCACAUGAGGAGUUAAAAGGCUAAGUUGAUGGCUUUCAAAACUCAAAGAUCUUGAGCUUAUUGCAAAAGGUGAUUGGUAAUAAAUAUUAGCAUGCAAUAAUAUUCUCAGUAAUUUUUAAAAGCUAUUUAUUUCUAUAGUCCAAAACAAGCUUUUCUAAUGAUUAAUGGAAGGGCACAAAUACAAUGUUUUGAAUUGCAUUACUAUCAUGAGUCCUCAGAAUUUUGAACUUAAAUAAUUGUUUUUUUCUCUCAUAAAAAAAAAGCUUUAAUAUGUAGGGACUGUUUUUGCUUUUUCUUAUCUGUCUACACAAUGCAACCCGCUCUGCACUGUGCACAGCAGAACACAGCUGAAUAUGUAGCCAUCAGAUUUUAAGAUGCUCAUAGCAAAAAGUAAUUCUUUUUCAGCACAAAAUAAACUGCAACCACACCGGAACAUGUCACUUAAACCCUGUUUAAAACAGAGUAAACAUACUGAUGCUAGCCUAGCACUUGCUUUGCAUAGGCAUAAUACCUGUCUAUUGUUUGUUUUCAAGCGGAAAUAUCUUUAGAAACAAAACUAUGUUUGUUCUGAGUAAAGCCACUAUUAAAACAAUACAGUCACUUGUUUAACCCUGCUAGCUGUGGGUUGACACAGAUCAUCCAAGCUCUCCAGCAGAAUCUGGUCGGUAAAAUAUCUGCUACUUUUAAGAGAGAAGAACACUGCUCCAACUUUAUUUUAGAUUCUUAAGUGAGAUAUAAGUGUCAGAAGGACAGGAAGCAUCAUCUCCAAUUGCAGUAUGUUGGAAAAAAAACCUACAGCACUUUCCACGCUGUAUUUUCUAUAAUGCCUUGCCUCCUGUGAGCUAAAGUCAGUGUCUCUCCCUUAUAACUUCAUCUCUAUUUCCAGCUGUAUGAAGUGCCUCUGCAGCAAAUAAAAAUCCCCGCAGUGAGGUAUGUGUAAACACCAUCUGCAAAAGAAACUCAGAAUCAACUGUCCACACAUUUCUUUCACCAUCUCUAGUGUUUCCAUAUGAAAACAGCUUUGAUCUAACAUUUAAGAGUGAGAGAAAAGGUGGAACUAUGCUACACUGAUGAAGACUCUCAAUGUUUUGUUCUUUAUCUGUCUGGCUUUCAAAGUUCAAAGCUAGUUAAGGAAAAGCAGAUAAUGACCCGAAAUUAUAUGUCUGCAGAAAAUCUGCCAAAUAAUCUUCUGCAAAACAGAGAACUUCUUCUUCACCAGCUUUGUACUGAGAAAGCCCAUCGGAUGAAGGAUGAAAUAUAGGUGGUGUUACUGUGGCUUAUUUGGCAGAUUGUAUAGCAAUGGGAAGAUUGUAGGUUUGAUCACACCUCCACCUGUCACAUGUAAAUUAGCCCUUGGGCAAGGCACUUAACUUCAGUCUGUGUAUCAGUUUAAAGAUGUCUGUUAAGGAGUGUGGAUGUGAUUGUAGUGUAAAGAGCUUUGAGUGAAUAAAUUAGUGCAUUGUUUACCAUUUGCACAACUAAAGGUGGAGUCCAUUUGUUUUGUUUUUACAUUUUAUGGAGUUGUAAAUGUAGUAAUAAUUUUAUCUUGCAACCUUAAUAUAAGGAAAAGUAAAAAUGAGUUGGUCAUGUUAACUCUAAAGCUACAUUCACACAGCAGCCCGAAGUGACCCAAAUGUGAUAUUUUUGCACAUUUGCGACGUGUAUCUGAUCUUUUCAUGACAAUCAAAGGAACAUAGAUCAGUUUUUUUCCUAUGAGACCCAGGCCACUUUUCUAUGUGGUUCUGAAUCUGAUACGUAUCUGAACUUUAUUUUCAACCUUCUUGAAAAGAUUGUGUUGUUAAUACACAAGCUGAGGUUGAAAAAGAAAUGAAAGAUCGCAUGAUGCUCUCCAACAGUACCAUCAAUGUUUAUUUCUGUAAACACAGAGCAUGCUGGCUUGUGAUGUCAUUGGGUCCUCUAAUCUUUAUUCAGGACACUUUGGUUGUAUUAAUGCAGUUCACACAGGAGAUCACAUACAAGUCGCAUAUAUCUGGAAAUGGGAACAACAACACAAAUUGAUUGGAUUUCAUAAAAGAAAAACCUGAUUUGAUUUUUUGCUUAAUUUUGAUUUAACCUACAAGUUCAAAUGUGUUAUCGCACAAUAUUAGCACUGGGCCUUUAGCAGUCAUUGAAAAAUGCUUGAGUCUCACCUUUUAUCAAACAACAGGGCCUACAAUUAUCUAUGUUCUAUCUCUCAUUCAUUCACAUGCAACUAUCCCACUAUAACUUUCAUCUCACUGGAAAAAUAAGCAUGUUUUGCUGGAACAUGCUAGUACAUUUUAUAAUAUUCACAGCAAAUUAUCACAGUAUUUAAAAACAAUUAGAUAAUUGAUCAUAGCGAUAAAGCAACUUGAAACUACAAUCCUUAACGUCCUUAAACGUUUUUGGGUUUAAGCUCUCAUGUCACAUACACUGUGUUGACUCAAAAUACCUGCUUUAAUGUGCCUGAUAGCACAGCAAACCAUUGCUGAAGCAAAAACAACAGCUUAAAAUCUACUCUGGUGUUGCUUAUAUUUUUGUAACAGAUGUACUGAAUACUUGAACUUUGGAAUUUGAGGCCUUCAAACUGAAUAAUAGCUAAAAAUUCAGUGAAAUUGUUUAAAAAAUAGAUAUACUCUAGACUGUGUAAUACACAAUGGCAAUGGUUAAUACUUUUAUCCAUUAUCUGUUGGCCUUUUGAGCCCUGAUUCCCACAGCAAUAGUUUAUAUUUUCACAUUUCUGGCUCAGUAAUGGUAUCAUUAAUAAUAAUCCCUGUACUUCUUGUAAGAGUUCUUAUAACAGUGAGUUUGUAGAAACAUAAAGAAAUCCUAAAAGCGCUAGAAGGCUGAUAUUUGAAAGCAUUUUUUUUCUGAUUUUUGCAAUUCCCAACAACUCAACUCAGACAAAAGGUUGCAUUAGCCAAUAUUAAACAUCUACACUUUCACAAGAGAGCUACCGGGUUUGUCGUUCUGUACUUAAUCUGUGUUAUUACCCCAGGGCUGACAUUUGUAUUGUGAGUCUACCCAGAUGAGUUUUUUAACAAGACUAGCGUAAUGUAUCUUCUUCUACAAGUAAGGGCCUGUGGCAAAAUUGAAAAGUUAGCUUUAUUGUUGGCGGACACAGAUUGGAAUGAUCAAUCACAACUGAAGAGACAAACCGAUACAGCCGACUAUAGAGGCUGAAACAGCAGUUUAGCAUAGUAAAACAUUUGCUGUGCAGCUUGGAAGAUGCCAAAAUAAACUUAAAUUAUGGAUCUUUGUGAAAGUCUUUCUGCAUUAAUGCAGUACUGUCUUCAAGAGAACUACACUGAAUAAAUUUAGUCUGAAUUGAACAAAGUUAUUGGGAUACACUAAAACAGGACUGUUAUUUAUCUGACUGCCUUCCAGCUCUCUGAAUUCCCAGUGAUAUUGUGACUGUCUGCUACAGUUAAUGAAAAUACUGAUGAUAAUCUGAUAAGAUAAAAAAAAAACUGAACCAUCCUUUUAACUAGUUCCUGAGCUGUCAUUGAUUACAUAUGUUGGUUUUGUUGCUAAGUGAACCUCAGCUCAGAAGAUCUCUUGAAUCCAUUUACACCUGUGAAAGUGUUGAUUGCGCUUUAUUCACACAGGAAAACAAAUAGUUAGAAAUAUUCAAGCUUUUCUUUUUAGCUUUUUGCUGCUAGAGAUGUUGAAGGGGAAAAUGAAGGGUUUUACUUCUGCAAAGUCUGCAAACUGAUUUAUUGUUAAAUCUUUUGGAGGUAGAAACUGUUACAUUGAACAACUCUUGAUGUUAUUAAAUGUAUUUUGUCUUUAUUUUCAUAUCUAAUUAUUAAUCCCAGCUUUCUGUGGGGCUUUAAAAGUGUAAAGUUUAUUUACUGAAAAGGUUUAUAGAUUGUGUGGUUUUAUUCAUUAUUUGAGAUCCUUGAUUAAAAAACUGAGUGCACAAACACAGUUUUUUUGUGAUUUUUGUUGGAUUUAGGUGUGUUAUGGUCUUGCUUCUUUGUAUUGUGUCUUGUAACUAAUGUUUCACUUACAAAUAAAAACAAAUCCAUGUAUUGUGUUUAAUUUAUCUUCAAACCUAGAAGGAACAACAUCCAUACCAUUCAGACUCUGUCUGAAGUGCAAUGUAUCCAGAUAUUUGACAGCUAAGAGAUGCAUUUGU